CUUUUAUCCCUGAUCGGAUGGCCCAAAUUUCACCACGUCCUCUCUAGCCGCUCCUUUAUAAAUCCCCUCAUGUCCUUCGCACUGUCAAGCUCUCGCACUCUGAUUUCCAAGGAAAAAAAAAAGGAACUCUCUCACUGGUGCAAAAUGGCAUACGUCCCAGCGAAUUCGAGCAAUAACCGGAUCCUCUCUCUGAAGCUUGUUUUGAUCUCGACCGGUGUGUUAUCCCUGGCUGUGAUGUUGAAGCUCUCGCUUCCAGUGGUAUCUGAUUUCAUUGCCAAUGAAAUCCCUUCCAUUUGGAGCUUCUUGCUGUCGUGGUUGAGGCCUCCGUACCUCUACAUCGUAAUUAACUUCAUCAUUAUCAGCAUCGUUGCCUCCUCCAAGAUGCAACAGAAAACGGACUAUCCGGAGCCCGAGAUGCCGGCGGUUCAACCGCCGCAGGAGAAGGUCUCCAGGGACGUGCAGGAGGACUCUGUUGUCUACGGAGACGGCGUCAUUUUCGGGGGAUCGGAUUACGACAUGGCUAAGGUGCAGGUGGUGGAUUUGGAGGGAGCGUGCGAAGGAGUGGAGAAGAAGGCCGUGAGCGACGUGAUGUUGAUGAACGGUAGCGAGGAGGCCGUGUUAACGAGGUCAGCAUGGACUGGGGGUCUGCAGAGGAAAGAUUCUUUGGAGGUCUUUCUUUCGAAUAAUGAGAAUGAGAAACCACCGGUUUCUGUGAGAUUCGCUCAUCGAAGACCUUUGAAAGCCAGCCCUGAAGCCGGGAAGGCCUUGAGAGUGUCGAAGCCAAAGCGGCAGGAGACGCUGGAGAACACAUGGAAGACGAUAACCGACGGCCGUUCAAUGCCGUUAACAAGGCACCUGAAGAAGUCCGACACGUGGGAAUCGCACAUGCGGCACAACCAGCCGAUGGACGAGAACACCCCUCCCAGGAUGAAGAAAUCCGAGACGUUCAGCGACCACAGCGCCAACUCGUCGCUGAGUCCGUCGCCGGUCUCGGGGCGACUGAGGAAGGAACCGUCACUGGGUCAGGACGAGUUGAACCGGCGAGUGGAGGCGUUCAUCAAGAAGUUUAACGAGGAAAUGAGGUUACAGAGACAGGAAUCCUUGAAUCAGUACCAUGAGAUGAUCCGCCGUGGCGCCCACUAGAAUUUCUCUCUCCUUUGGGGUGUAGUAUGUGAUGAUAAUUUGGAGUAAGGGGUCUGUAAAGGUGGAAAUUUUUAGAAAUUCGUAUCGUCCCAAAUUUUCUUUGGGUUGAAGGGCUUUGGAAUGGCAAGAAACCAAUGAGGGUUUAUUUUGAAGUUGGUCGGUUGCAUUUGUUGGAAUUGGCUAACGGUGGUUUAGCCUUGAUAAAUGACUUGUGAUGUAUCUAAGCAUCUCGUCGUCAAUACUAAGAAUGAUUACAAGACGACAAUAUUUUUGAGUUGUGAAAGUUAUAAGAAAGGAACAGCCAGCCACUUGUGGGU